ACCGGCUGGCGCUUCAAGACGCCCGGCAUCGAGAGCCUCUUCCAGCAGCUGGCACCGCUCUACGAGAUCGUCGUCUUCACCUCCGAGACCGGCAUGACCGCCUUCCCCCUCAUCGACAGCAUCGACCCCCACGGCUUCGUCUCCUACCGCCUCUUCCGCGACGCCACCCGCUACAUGGACGGCCACCACGUGAAGGACAUCUCCUGCCUCAACAGAGACCCCGCCAAGGUGGUGGUGGUGGACUGCCGCAGGGAAGCCUUCUGCCUGCAGCCCUACAACGGGCUGGCGCUGGCCCGCUGGGACGGCGGCUCCGAGGACCGGACCCUCUACGACCUCGCCGCCUUCCUCAAGACCAUCGCCCUGAGCGGCGUCGAGGACGUGCGCACCGUGCUGGAGAACUACGCGCUGGAGGACGACCCGCUGGCGGCCUUCAAGCGGCGCCAGUCGCAGCUGGAGCAGGAGGAGCAGCAGCGGCUGGCGGAGCUGUCGCAGGGCGCCCAGCGGCCCCGGCUCUUCCUCGGCUCCCUCGCCGGGCGCCUCUGGCCCCGCUCCAAGCAGCAGUGACGCCGGGGACACGCCGGGGACACGCCGAGGACACGCCACCGCCAUGGGGACACCCCGGGGACACGCCAGCGGCGCCGACGUGCCACCGACAUGGCGCUGCCGGGGCACCCGCCGCGCUCCCCCUCUCCUUAUAUAUAUAUAUAUAUUUUGGGGGGGGUCGUUGGAGCCGCCCCUGGCGGGGGGGCAAUAAAGGGCCGCGCGGA